AUGCAUAAAUUGGCAAUUAUUUUGGCUCUUGUGCUGUAUUUAAAUCAGAAGCCCAUCUUUAUUGAGACGCCAUUGGAGCUGUGCUCCAAUGCGUUGCACCUGCAGGCGCGCUGGAUCUUCAUUCUGGCCACCACCUGCCUUUUGUGGCAAAUGGAUCUGCGUCUAAGGCAACUGCAUUUUCUGCCCGUUCGGGCUCAUCUGGCUGUCGAGACUGGGGUCUCUUUGAUGUUGAUGGAGCUUUCGGGAAAUGUUAUUUGGUGCUCCAUGGAUAGCAACGUCAGUCUGGUGAUUCAUCUCCUGUGCAACUUUCUCUUCAUGCCAGCGGCAAGUGUGUGGCGCGAGCUGUUGGAGACUUUGUGCUGUUGGCUCAGCACAAUGGUCCUCUCGAUUGUGGCGCUCAAUCGGGUCCUCCUGGCCGCCCACUUCGAUCACCAUCUGACCCGAAUUGUCCCCUUUUUGCAUACGUUUUGGCUGGGUUUUCGGGGCUUUCUGACUUUGAAUCCCGUCCAGCAGCGGAAUUUGAUUCGCAUCAUACAAAUGCAGCGCCAGCGACGGCGCCAGACAAUGGCCAGCGCCGUUGGCGGAAAUGUGGCUAUCCAGUGA